AUGGCUUUCAAUCUCUGGGCACACCAAUUCUGCCUUGCCUGUGACAAGCAAGUCCAGGUCGACGGUGCAGCGUACUGCUCCGAAUCCUGCAGACUGGCUGAUCAGGAAAAGUCGACAUCAACACCCACAAGCUCGCAAGCAAGCUCGCCGGCCUUUGCUCCUGCCGGCUAUCCUUGGUCGAGCCCCUCACCAAGCUUGCCUGUCCGCUCCUCAUCAUCGUCAUCAAGGCCAAAAUUCUACCUCUCCCCGGCGUACGACUUUAGCAAUGCCCAAGCCUACGGGGCUGCCUCGCCUCCUCGCGGCUUGUCGUUGAGCAGCAACCACACCGCCUCUGCUGCUUGGGAGCAAUCCACUUGCGCAUAUGCUGCAAACCUGACCCCAUCGAGCUCGCACAGCAGCCUCUGCUCCAUGCAGAGUACGUCGACGAUGGACGAGCCCAACCAGCUGUCCGACAAUGCCAAACAAGAGCUCAAAGCAUACGCCAUUUCGUUUGAGCAUGUCAGACUCCAACGACGACGAUCAUACUAG